AUGCAGUACAGACUCAUCCUUGCGUCGGCCGCUUUCGCCGCCACCGCUCUUGCUGCCCCUCACCCAGAGAUUACUGAAGCUCCUCAACUUCCUGCUGCAGCUCUGGCUCGCCGGGACUUCUGGAGUGAUCUCGGCAGUGAUUUCGGCGCAAUUGGCACCGACAUUGCCAAUGGCUUCUCGUCCCUCGGCAACGAAAUUGGAUCUGAUUUUAGCAGCGUCGGACACGGGAUAACUUCCGAUUGGAACUCAUUUACCAGCUCCAUCGCCAGUGUUGCGACCCCAGCUCCCUCCGACUACAGCAGCUGGGCCAAAAGCGCGUCCAGCCUCGCUGACCAAGCUGCUUCCGCCGCCUCCUCACUAUCCAAUGUCGCCAAGACUCAAACCAACUCCGAUAAGGCCUCUGCCGAGUCUCAGUGGGCUUCUGACGCUGCAUCUAUUGCCCAACAGGAAAGCAGUGUCGCUGCCUCUCUAUCUUCCAAGGCAGGAACUCCAGUUACAGCUGCCGCGACUACCACUGGCACAAUCUCUCUCACCAACUCUGCCGGCUCGGUUACUGGUACCACCGUCGUCACUUCCACCGGCGCGUCUACUAAAGCGUCGACAUCGACAUCAACCGGUGCUGCUCCAGCUGCUACUGCUGGACUUGGCAUGGGCCUUGCUGGUUUCGCCGGUCUCGUCGGUGCCGUCGCCGUUGCUCUGUAA